CGCCGCAGCUCCUCAACUCGGUGGCUGGCCGCCUGGACAUGUCCUGACAAACUUGGCUGCGCCCGGGCUGGCCUCCCCGCAGCCCUCGCUCUCCGCCUCUUUUCCGAGCCCAACUUUUCCCUGGGUCGGAAGCUUCUGGAGAUGCGGCCACCCGGGUCCCCGCAGUGCCGGCGGACCGCACUCUGGUUGUGGCGAUGCUGACGAUCCGAGGAAGGCGAAGUUGGUAUCUCAGAGCCCGCUCGUAGCACACACCUGAACAGCGCGAGGAUUUCAGGCGACGAGGGCUGUGAGGAGGAGCAGCGACGACCGAGCGAGAGCGGUGCCUGAGGGCUAAACAAUGGGGAGACAUUUGGCUUCGCUUCUGCUUCUCCUCCUCCUCCAACAUUUUGAAGCCAGUGAUGGAAGCCACAGACUUGAGCCAACUCCUUCUGUACAGUUUACACACUUCCAGUACAAUGUCACUGUGCAUGAGAAUUCUGCUGCCAAAACCUAUGUGGGCCACCCUGUAAAGAUGGGUAUUUAUAUCACAAAUCCAUCAUGGGAAUUAAGGUACAAAAUCAUCUCAGGAGAUAGUGAAAACCUGUUCAAAGCUGAGGAGUAUGUGCUUGGCAACUUCUGCUUUCUUCGAAUAAGGACCAAAGGAGGAAACACAGCUAUUCUUAACAGAGAAGUGAGGGACCAAUACACUUUGCUAGUCAAAGCAGUUGAAAAAAACACGAAUGCAGAAGCCCGAACAAAGGUCCGGGUGCAAGUGCUGGAUACAAAUGACCUGAGGCCUUUAUUCUCACCCACCUCUUACAGCGUUUCCUUACCUGAAAAUACUGCUGUCCGGACCAGCAUCGCAAGACUUAGUGCCACAGAUGCUGACAUAGGAACCAAUGGGGAAUUUUACUACAGUUUUAAAGAGCGAACAGGAAUGUUUGCUAUUCACCCAACCAGUGGCGUGGUCAUGUUAACUGGCAGACUUGACUUUCUGGAGACCCCUCGCUAUGAGCUGGAGGUCCUUGCCGCAGACCGGGGGAUGAAGCUGUAUGGCAGCAGUGGUAUCAGCAGCAUGGCUAAGCUGACCAUCCAUGUGGAGCAAGCCAACAAAUGUGCUCCUGUGGUCACAGCAGUGACAUGGUCACCCUCUGAGCUAGAUAAGGAUCCAACAUAUGCCUUUGUCACUGUGGAGGACUGUGAUCAGGGUGCCAAUGGGGAGAUAGCUUCUCUAAGCAUUGUGGCAGGUGACCUUCUCCAACAAUUUCGAACAGUGAGGUCCUCUCCUGGGAGUAAAGAGUACAAAGUCAAAGCUGUGGGUAGUAUCCAUUGGGAUAGCCAUCCUUUUGGCUACAAUCUGUCACUACAGGCUAAAGAUAAAGGAAAUCCUCCCCAGUUCUCUUCAGUGAGAGUUAUUCACAUCAUGUCUCCAAAGUUCAGAGCUGGACCAGUCAAGUUUGAAAAAGAUCUUUACAGAGUGGAGAUCAGUGAAUUUGCUCCUCCAAACACACCCCUGGUCAUGGUGAAAGCCAUUCCUAGUUAUUCCCAUUUAAGGUAUGUUUUUAAAAGUACAUCUGGAAAAACUAAAUUCAGUUUAAAUCACAACACUGGCCUUAUUUCCAUUUUAGACCCGAUUAAAAGACAGCAGGCAUCUCAUUUUGAACUUGAAGUGAUGACAAGUGACAGAAAAGCUUCUACCAAAGUGUUGGUUAAAGUCUUAAGUGCCAACAGCAAUCCCCCUGAGUUUAUGCAGACUGCAUAUAAAACAUCCUUUGAUGAGAACACACCCAUUGGUACCACUGUCAUGAGUGUGAGUGCUGUAGAUCCUGAUGACGGUGAGAAUGGGUAUGUGACCUAUAGUAUUGCCAAUUUAAAUCAUGUGCCAUUUGUGAUUGACCAUUUCACGGGUGCUGUGAGUACCUCAGAGAACUUAGACUAUGAAUUGAUGCCUCGGAUUUAUACUUUAAGGAUCCGUGCCUCAGACUGGGGCUUGCCAUACCGCCGGGAAGUUGAAGUCCUUGCUACAAUUACUCUCAAUAACUUGAAUGACAACACACCUUUGUUUGAGAAGAUCAACUGUGAAGGAACAAUUCCCAGAGACCUGGGUGUGGGGGAGCAAAUAACCACAGUUUCUGCUAUUGAUGCUGAUGAGCUUCAGUUGGUACGGUAUCAGAUUGAGGCAGGAAAUGAACUGGAUUUGUUUGGCUUGAACCCCAGCUCCGGGGUACUGUCAUUAAAGCAAUCACUAAUGGAUGGCUUGGGUGCAAAGGUGUCUUUUCAUAGUCUGAGAAUUACAGCUACAGAUGGAGAAAAUUUUGCCAUACCAUUAUAUAUCAACAUAACUGUGGCUGCCAGUCACAAGCCAGUAAACUUGCAGUGUGAAGAGACUGGUGUUGCAAAAAUGUUAGCCGAGAAACUCCUGCAGGCAAAUAAAUUACAUAGUCAGGAGGAGGAUGAGGACAUUUUCUUUGAUUCUCACUCUGUCAAUGCUCAUGCCCCACAGUUUAGGAGUACUCUUCCAUCUGGUAUAGAGGUAAAGGAAAACCAUCCUGUAGGGUCUAAUAUCAUUUUCAUGAAUGCUACUGACCUUGACUCUGGCUUCAAUGGAAAACUGGUCUAUUCUAUUUCUGGAGGAAACGACAAUAGUUGCUUCACCAUUGAUAUGGAAACAGGAAUGCUAAAAAUUUUAUCUUCACUGGAUCGUGAAACAAGAGACAGAUACACACUUAAUAUUACUGCUUAUGACCUUGGUAUACCACAGAGGGCAGCUUGGCAUCUUCUAGAUAUCAUGGUUCUAGAUGCCAAUGAUAAUCCACCAGAGUUUUUACAGGAGAGCUAUUUUGUUGAAGUGAGUGAGGACAAGGAGGUGAAUAGUGAAAUCAUCCAGAUUGAAGCCACUGAUAAAGAUCUAGGACCCAAUGGAUAUGUGAUGUACUCUAUUGUUACUGACACAGAUAAGUUUUCAGUUGACAGUGUGACUGGUGUGGUGAAAAUUGUACAGCCGCUGGAUCGUGAGGUACAGCACAUGUACUACUUAAAGAUUGAGGCCAAGGACCAAUCCAAAGAAGAACCUCAGUUGUUCUCCACUGUGCUCUUGAAAGUUUCACUCGAUGAUAUCAAUGACAAUCCACCCAAGUUUAUUCCACCUAAUUACCAUGUGAAAGUUCGAGAGGAUCUGCCAGAAGGAACCAUAAUCAUGUGGUUAGAAGCCCAUGAUCCUGAUGUAGGUCAGUCUAGUCAGGUGAGGUACAGUCUUCUGGACCAUGGAGAAGGCCACUUUGAUGUGGACAAACUUAGUGGAGCAGUUAGAAUUGUGCAACAGUUGGAUUUUGAGAAGAAGCAAAUGUAUAAUCUCACAGUGAAGGCCAAAGACAAAGGGAAGCCAGUUUCUCUGUCUUCUACUUGUUAUGUGGAAGUUGAGGUCAUUGAUGUCAAUGAGAACUUAUAUGCACCAGUGUUUGCCAGCUUUGUGGAAAAGGGUGUAGUGAAAGAAGAUGUCCUUGUGGGUUCAUCAGUGAUGACAGUGUCAGCACAUGAUGAGGACUUAGGAAGAGAUGGGGAGAUCCGGUAUUCCAUCAGAGAUGGUUCUGGUGUUGGUGUUUUCCGGAUAGAUGAAGAAACAGGCGUUAUAGAGACUUCAGAUCGUCUGGACCGUGAAUCAACUUCGCACUACUGGCUAACUGUCUAUGCCACUGAUCAGGGUGUUGUUCCCCUGUCAUCCUUCAUAGAGAUCUACAUAGAGGUAGAAGAUGUCAAUGACAACGCCCCACAGACAUCAGAACCUGUUUAUUAUCCUGAAGUCAUGGAAAACUCACCCAAGGAUGUAUCUGUGGUCCAGAUUGAGGCAUUUGACCCAGAUUCCAGUUCUAAUGACAAGCUGACAUACAAAAUCACAAGUGGAAAUCCACAAGGAUUCUUUUUGAUGCAUCCUAAAAUAGGUCUCAUCACAACUACAUCAAGGAAACUAGACCGAGAGCAGCAAGAUGAACACAUCUUAGAAGUCACUGUGACAGACAAUGGUACACCCCCCAAAUCUACCAUUACAAGAGUGAUUGUGAAAAUUCUUGAUGAAAAUGACAAUAAGCCUCAGUUUCUUCAAAAGUUCUACAAAAUCAGACUCCCUGAGCGAGACCACCCAGAAUGGGAGAGAAAUCCCAGGCGAGCACCUCUAUAUCGCGUUAUUGCUAUAGAUAAAGAUGAAGGUCCCAAUGCAGAAAUCUCCUACAGCAUCGAGGAGGGAAAUGAGCAUGGCAAGUUUUUCAUUGAACCCAAAACUGGAGUGGUUUUAUCCAAAAAAUUCUCUGCAGCUGGGGAAUAUGAUAUUCUUACGAUCAAGGCAGUUGACAAUGGCCGUCCUCAGAAGUCAUCAACCACUAGGCUCCAUAUUGAGUGGAUUUCCAAACCCAAACCAUCCUCAGAGCCAAUUUCAUUUGAAGAAUCAUUUUUCAGUUUCACAGUCAUGGAAAGUGAUCCAGUGGCUCACAUGAUUGGUGUAAUAGCAGUUGAGCCUCUGGGCUCGCCUCUGUGGUUUGAUAUCAUUGGAGAGACACUUGCUAGAGAAGUGUUUCACAUCUUUCAGAUGACUUGUGACCUGAACUGUACAGCAGAAGGUGGCAACUAUGACAGUCACUUUGAUGUAGAUAAGAGCACUGGAACCAUCAUUGUUGCCAAGCCCCUUGAUGCGGAACAGAAAUCCAGCUAUAACCUCACAGUCGAGGCUACAGAUGGAAGUACCACCAUCCUUACUCAGGUAUUCAUCAAAGUAAUAGACACAAAUGACCACCGCCCUCAGUUUUCUACAUCAAAAUAUGAGGUUGUCAUUCCUGAAGACACGGUGCCAGAAACAGAAAUUUUGCAGAUCAGUGCAGUGGAUCAGGAUGAGAAGAACAAGCUGCUUUACACCCUGCAAAGUAGUGUGGACCCACUGAGUCUCAGGAAGUUUCGUCUUGAUCCUGCCACCGGCUCCCUCUGUACUUCCAGCCAGCUGGAUCAUGAAGCCAUUCACCAGCAUAUUCUCACAGUCAUGGUACGUGACCAGGACGUUCCUGUAAAACGCAAUUUUGCAAGGAUUGUUAUCAACGUCAGUGACAUGAACGAUCAUGCCCCGGGGUUCACCACCUCUUCCUACAAAGGACGGGUCUAUGAAUCCGCAGCCGUUGGCUCCAUGGUGUUGCAGGUGACAGCUCUGGACAGAGACAAAGGGAAAAAUGCUGAAGUGCUUUAUUCCAUUGAAUCAGGAAAUAUUGGAAAUUCUUUUGCAAUUGAUCCUAUCUUGGGCUCUAUCAAAACUGCAAGAGAAUUAGAUCGAAGUAACCAAGUGGAAUAUGAUUUAAUGGUAAAAGCAACAGAUAAAGGCAAUCCAUCACUCAGUGAAAUGACUUCUGUGCAUAUCAUUGUCACAGUUGCUGAUAACGCUGCACCCAAGUUCACUUCAAAAGAUUACUCUGUAGAAGUCAGUGAGACUGUCAGGAUUGGCAGUUUUGUGGGGAUGGUUACAGCCCAGAGUCAGUCAUCAGUAGUCUAUGAAAUAAAGGAUGGAAAUUUAGGUGAUGCUUUUGAUAUUAACCCACAUUCUGGAAGUAUCAUCACCCAGAAAGCAUUGGAUUUUGAAACCUUGCCCAUGUAUACACUAACAGUGCAGGGAACCAACAUGGCUGGACUGUCCACCAAUACAACUGUGCUGGUACACCUGCAGGAUGAUAACGACAACACACCAGUUUUCCUGCAGGCAGAAUACUCAGGACGCAUUAGCGAGUCAGCAUCUGUCGGCAGUGUUGUUCUCACAGACUGGAAUGUCCCACUAGUGAUUCGAGCCACUGACGCUGACCAAGAAUCCAAUGCUCUGCUCGUUUACCACAUAGUUGAGCCAUCCAUGCACAAAUACUUUGCUAUUGAUUCCAGCACAGGUGCAAUUCACACAGUACUGAGUUUGGACUAUGAAGAAACUAGUGUUUUUCACUUUACUGUGCAAGUGCAUGACAUGGGAAUGCCAUACUUAUUUGCCGAACGUGCAGCUAAUGUCACCAUACAUGUGAUUGACAUCAAUGACUGUCCUCCUGUGUUCUCCAAGUCAUUAUAUGAGACAUCUCUUUUGUUGCCAACAUACAAAGGGGUGAAAGUCAUUACAGUAAAUGCUACCGAUGCUGAUUCCAGAGCAUUUUCACACUUAAUUUACUCCAUCAUCGAAGGCAACAUUGGCGAGAAGUUUUUGAUGGACUACAAGGCUGGUACUAUAACAAUACAAAACACAACUCAGCUUCGAAGCCGCUAUGAGUUAACUGUUCGGGCUUCUGAUGGCAGGUUCGCCAGCUUCACCUCUGUGAAAAUUAAUGUGAAAGAAAGCAGAGAAAGUCAGCUCAAGUUCACCCAAGAUUUCUAUUCUGCAGCUGUGAAAGAGAACUCCACAGAUACCAAGACACUUGCUGUCAUUACCACUGUUGGGAACCCUAUCAAUGAGCCUUUGUUUUAUUCCAUCCUCAAUCCAGACCACAGAUUUAAAAUCAGCUGCACAUCAGGAGUGCUCUCCACCACGGGGAUACCAUUUGAUCGUGAACAGCAGGACUCGUUUGAUGUGGUUGUCGAGGUGAAACAGGAACGCAGGCCUUCAGCGGUGGCCCAUGUUGUUGUGAAAGUCACCAUAGAAGACCAAAAUGAUAAUGCACCUGUGUUUGUCAACCUUCCCUAUUAUGCCGUUGUUAAGGUGGAUGCUGAGGUAGGCCAGGUCAUUCGCUAUGUUACUGCCAUAGACAGAGAUAGUGGCAGAAAUGGAGAAGUACACUACUACCUUAAGGAACAUCAUGACCACUUUCAGAUUGGACUCUCUGGUGAAAUUUCACUGAAAAAGCAGUUUGAACUUGACACAUUAAAUAAAGAGUAUCUUGUCACAGUGGUUGCAAAAGAUGGAGGAAACCCAGCUUUUUCAGCUGAGAUUAUAGUCCCAAUCACUGUAGUGAACAAAGCCAUGCCUGUAUUUGAAAAGGCUUUCUACAGUGCAGAGAUUCCAGAAAGCAUCCAGAUGCACAGCCCAGUGGUUCACAUCCAAGCCAAUAGUCCAGAAGGGCUAAAAGUGUUCUACAGCAUCACAGAUGGGGACCCUUUUAGCCAGUUUACUAUCAACUUUAAUACUGGAGUUAUCAAUGUCAUAGCUCCUCUGGAUUUUGAGUCCCACCCAGCAUAUAAACUGAGCAUACGGGCAACUGACUCCUUGACGGGUGCCCAUGCAGAAGUGUUCGUUGACAUCAUUGUGGAGGACAUCAAUGAUAACCCCCCUGUGUUUGUUCAGCAUUCUUAUGCCACAGCUCUGUCUGAGGCAUCUGUAAUUGGAACUUCUGUCAUUCAGGUGAGAGCAACAGAUCCCGAUUCGGAGCCAAACCGAGGAAUUUCCUAUCAAAUAUUUGGAAAUCAUAGCAAGAGUCAUGAUCAUUUCCACAUAGAUAGUAGCACUGGUCUCAUUUCCUUACUCAGAACCUUGGAUUAUGAACAGUUCCAGCAGCACAAGAUUUUUGUAAGGGCUAUUGAUGGUGGAUUGCCUCCCCUAAGCAGUGAUGUGAUCGUCACAGUGGAUGUCACCGACCUCAAUGAUAAUCCACCUGUCUUUGACCAGCAAAUUUAUGAAGCCAAAAUUAGUGAACACACCACUCAUGGACAUUUUGUCAUAUGUGUAAAGGCCUAUGACGCAGACAGUUCCAACAUAGACAGGUUGGAGUAUUCCAUUGUGUCUGGCAAUGAUCAUAAACAUUUUGCCAUUGAUAGUGAAACAGGAAUUAUCACACUCUCAAGACUGCACCGACACACCUUGAAGCCAUUUUACAGACUCAACAUCUCUGUGUCUGAUGGAGUCUUUCGAAGUUCAGCUCAGGUUCAUGUGACUGUAAUUGGGGGCAAUUUGCAUAGUCCUGUUUUUCUUCACAAUGAGUAUGAAGUAGAACUAGCUGAAAAUGCCCCCUUGCAUACCCUGGUGAUUGAAGUUAAGGCAACAGACAGAGACUCUGGCAUUUAUGGUCGCAUUACCUACCACAUUGUAAAUGACUUUGCUAAAGACAGAUUUUAUACAAAUGACAGAGGACAGAUCUUUACUUUGGAAAAGCUUGAUCGCGAGACCCCAGCAGAGAAAGUAAUCGCAGUCCGCUUGAUGGCUAAGGAUGCUGGAGGGAAAGUUGCAUUUUGUACCAUCAACAUCAUACUCACUGAUGACAAUGAUAAUGCACCACAGUUCCGUGCAGCUAAGUAUGAAGUGAACAUCGGUUCCAAUGCUGUCAAAGGGACCUCUGUCAUUAAGGUUUUUGCAAGUGAUGCUGAUGAGGGGUCCAAUGCAGAUGUCACCUACACCAUUGAAGCAGAUUCUGGGAGCAUUCGGGAGAAUUUGGAAAUUAGCAACCUGUCUGGUAUCAUCACCACAAAGGAAAGCUUAGUUGGCUUAGAAAAUGAAGUCUUUACCUUCUUUGUUAAAGCUGUGGAUAAUGGCUCUCCAUCAAAAGAAUCUGUUGUGCCUGUCUAUGUUAAAAUACUUCCACCAGAAAUACCACUUCCAGAAUUUUCAGAGCCAUUUUAUACCUACACAGUUUCAGAAGACAUGCCUAUUGGAACAGAAAUUGAUCUCAUUAGAAUAGAAUGUAGUGGAACUGUUCUCUACAGCCUAGUCAAAGGGAAUACUCCCGAAAGUAAUAGAGAUGACUUCUUCGUGAUUGACAGACAGAGUGGGAGGCUGAAGUUAGAGAAGCAUCUCGAUCAUGAGACAACAAAGUGGUAUCAGUUUUCCAUCGUGGCCAGGUGCUGUCAUGGUGAUGCUGAGGUGAUGGCUUCUGUGGAUGUUAGUAUCCAGGUGAAAGAUGCAAAUGAUAACAGCCCAAUUUUGGAGUCCAAUCCAUACGAGGCGUUUAUUGUUGAAAAUCUGCCAGGGGGAAGUAGAGUCAUCCAGGUCAGGGCAUCUGACCUAGAUUUAGGAGCCAAUGGCCAAGUUAUGUAUAGUCUAGAUCAGUCACAAAGCACAGACAUCAUGGAGUCUUUUGCUAUUAAUAUGGAGACCGGCUGGAUUACAACUCUCAAGGAACUUGAUCACGAAGAGAGAGACAAUUACCUGAUAAAAGUGGUUGCAUCAGAUCAUGGGGAAAAGGUUCAGCUGUCCUCAACGGCCAUUGUGGAUGUUACUGUCACUGAUGUUAAUGACAGUCCACCACGGUUCACAGCAGAGAUUUAUAAAGGGACUGUGAGUGAGGAUGACCCUCCAGGUGGUGUGAUUGCCAUCUUAAGUACCACUGAUGCAGAUUCUGAGGAGAUCAACAGACAAGUGUCAUACUUCAUAACAGGAGGGGAUGCUUUGGGACAGUUUGCUGUCGAAAAUAUACAAAGUGAAUGGAAGGUGUUUGUGAAGAAGCCUCUAGAUAGGGAAAAAAGGGACAGUUACCUUCUGACAAUCACAGCAACUGAUGGGACCUUCUCGUCAAAAGCUAUAGUUGAAGUGAAAGUUCUUGAUGCAAAUGACAACAGUCCUGUUUGUGAAAAGACUUUAUAUUCAGACACCAUUCCUGAAGAUGUGCUUCCUGGGAAGUUGAUCAUGCAGGUCUCUGCUACCGACGCAGAUAUCCGUUCCAAUGCCGAAAUCACUUAUGCUUUAUUUGGUUCAGGUGCAGAAAAAUUCAGACUAACACCAGACACUGGUGAACUGACAACCUUCGCCCCCCUUGACCGCGAGGAGCAGGCAGUGUAUAAUUUUCUGGUUAAGGCCACGGACGGAGGCGGGAGAUCCUGUCAAGCCACUGUUGUGCUCACGUUAGAGGAUGUGAAUGACAAUGCCCCCGAGUUCACUGCUGAUCCCUACACCAUCACUGUGUUUGAAAACACAGAACCUGGCACGCUGCUGGCCAGAGUGCAGGCCACAGAUGCUGAUGCAGGACUGAACCGAAAGAUUUCCUACUCACUGGUUGACUCUGCUGAUAGACAGUUCUCUAUUAAUGAAUUUUCUGGAAUUAUUCAAUUAGAAAAGCCAUUGGAUAGAGAACUACAGGCAGUCUAUACUCUUACUUUGAAAGCUGUGGAUCAUGGACUGCCAAGAAGGUUAACAGCUACUGGCACUGUGGUAGUAUCAGUUCUUGAUAUAAACGACAACCCUCCUGUGUUUGAGUACCGUGAGUAUGGUGCCACAGUGUCUGAAGACAUUCUUAUUGGCACAGAAGUUCUUCAAGUCUAUGCGGCCAGUCGGGAUAUUGAAGCAAAUGCAGAAAUCACUUACUCCAUAAUAAGCGGAAACGAGCAUGGAAAAUUCAGUAUAGAUUCUAAGACAGGAGCCAUAUUUAUCAUUGACAACCUGGAUUAUGAAAGCUCCCAUGAGUAUUACCUGACAGUAGAAGCCACUGAUGGAGGCACACCUUCAUUAAGUGAUGUGGCAACUGUGAACGUCAAUGUCACAGAUAUCAAUGACAACACCCCAGAGUUCAGCCAAGACACCUACACAGCAGUGGUCAGUGAAGAUGCAGUCCUUGAGCAGUCUGUCAUUAUGGUUGUGGCUGACGAUGCUGAUGGGCCUUCAAACAGCCAUAUUCACUACUCAAUUAUAGAAGGCAAUCAAGGAAGUCCAUUUUCAAUCGACCCUGUCCACGGAGAAGUGAAAGUAACCAAGCCUCUAGACCGGGAAUCAAUUUCAGGUUACACUCUCACAGUACAAGCUUCUGAUAACGGCAGUCCACCUAGAGUCAACAUAACCACGGUGAACAUCGAUGUGUCUGAUGUCAAUGACAAUGCUCCAGUCUUCUCCAAGGGCAACUACAGUGUCAUUGUCCAGGAAAACAAGCCAGUGGGUUUCAGUGUGCUACAGCUGGAGGUGACAGACAAGGACUCUUCUCACAAUGGUCCACCCUUCUUCUUCACAAUUGUGAGUGGAAACGAUGACAAAGCAUUUGAAGUGAACCAGCAAGGAGUCCUCCUGACAGCAGCUGUCAUACAGAGGAAAGUGAAGGAACAUUACUUCCUACAUGUAAAGGUGGCAGAUAAUGGAAAGCCUCAGCUGUCAUCUUUGACACAUAUUGAUAUUAGAGUUAUUGAGGAGAGCAUCCAUCCUCCUGCCAUUUUGCCUCUAGAGAUUUUCAUCACUACUUUUGGAGAGGAGUACUCAGGUGGGGUCAUUGGGAAGAUACAUGCUACGGACCAAGACGUGUAUGACACGUUAACGUACAGUCUUGAUCCCCACAUGGACAACUUGUUCUCUGUGUCUAGCACAGGGGGUAAGGUGAUCGCACACAAAAAACUGGAUAUAGGCCAGUACCUUCUUAAUGUCAGUGUAACGGAUGGGAAAUUUACAACAGUGGCUGACAUCACGGUGCAUAUCAAACAGAUUACUCAAGAGAUACUGAAUCACACGGUCACUAUUCGUUUUGCCAAUCUCACUCCAGAAGAAUUUGUCGGUGACUAUUGGCGCAACUUCCAGCGAGCUUUACGCAACAUCUUGGGUGUGAGGAGGAAUGAUGUACAGAUUGUCAGCUUGCAGCCUUCUGAGCCACAUUCCCAUCUGGAUGUCUUACUUUUUGUGGAGAAUUCAGGUAGUCCUCAGGUUUCAACACAACUUCUGCACAAGAUUAAUUCUUCUGUGGCUGACAUUGAGGAUAUCAUUGGUGUUAGGAUACUGGAUGUGUUCCAGAAACUCUGUGCAGGACUGGAUUGCCCUUGGAAAUUCUGUAAUGAGAAGGUAUCUGUGGAUGAAAAUGUUAUGUCAACACAUAGCACAGCUAGACUGAGUUUUGUAACUCCCCGUCACCAUAGAACAGCUGUGUGUCUCUGCAGAGAGGGUACUUGCCCAUCUGUUCACCACGGGUGUGAAGAACAUCCCUGCCCUGCAGGAUCUGAGUGUGUUGAUGACCCCAGAGAGGAGAAGUACACAUGUGUAUGUCCUGGUAGCAGGUUUGGUCAGUGCCCAGGGACCUCAUCCAUAACAUUCACUGGAAACAGCUUUGUGAAGUACCAUCUCAUGGAAAAUGAAAACAAACUUGAGAUGAAAUUGACAAUGAGGCUCCGGACCUAUUCCACCCAUGCAGUUGUAAUGUAUGCUCGAGGGACUGACUACAGUAUCUUAGAGAUUCAGAAUGGGAGACUGCAGUACAAAUUUGACUGUGGAAGUGGUCCUGGUAUUGUCUCUGUUCAAAGCAUUCAAGUCAAUGAUGGGCAGUGGCAUGCAGUGACUCUUGAAGUGAAUGGAAAUUAUGCUAAACUGGUUCUCGACCAAGUCCACACUGCAUCGGGCACAGCCCCAGGGACUCUGAAAACCCUCAACCUGGAUCAUUUUGUGUUUUUUGGUGGCCACAUUCGCCAGCAAGGGGCAAGACGCAGCUCCCAGAUUGGCAGUGGUUUUAGGGGCUGUAUGGACUCCAUUUAUUUGAAUGGGCAGGAACUGCCUUUAAAUACCAAACCAAGAGCCUACGCCCGCAUCGAGGAGUCUGUGGAUGUAUCUCCUGGGUGUCUAUUAACAGCCACUGAAGAUUGCUCCAGUAACCCUUGUCAGAACGGAGGCAUUUGCAAUCCCUCACCUACUGGAGGUUAUUACUGCAAGUGCAGCGCUUUAUACAUAGGGACCUACUGUGAGGUGACUGUCAACCCAUGUUCCUCCAACCCCUGUCUCUAUGGGGGCACAUGCAUGGUAGACAAUGGAGACUUUGUUUGCCAGUGUAGAGGACUAUAUACUGGACAGAGAUGCCAGCUAAGUCCAUACUGUAAAGAUGAGCCUUGUAAAAAUGGUGGAACAUGUUUUGACAGUUUGGAUGGUGCAGUGUGUCAGUGCGAUUCAGGCUUUAGAGGAGAAAGGUGUCAGAGUGACAUUGAUGAAUGUGCUGGAAACCCCUGUCGUAAUGGGGCCCUUUGUGAGAACACACAUGGCUCCUAUCACUGUAACUGCAGCCACGAGUACAGAGGAAGGCACUGUGAAGAUGCUGCUCCCAACCAGUAUGUGUCCACUCCAUGGAAUAUUGGACUGGCUGAAGGAAUAGGAAUUAUCGUUUUCAUAGCAGGAAUAUUUCUACUGGUGGUGGUAUUUGUCCUCUGCCGCAAGAUGGUUAGUCAAAAGAAGAAACAUCAGGCUGAGCCUGAAGACAAACACUUGGCACCCAGUGCAGCUUUCUUGCAAAGACCUUACUUUGAUUCAAAGCUGAACAAGAACAUUUACUCAGACGUGCCACCCCAGGUGCCUGUGCGCCCCAUUUCCUACACUCCGAGCAUUCCAAGUGACUCUAGAAACAACCUUGAUCGAAAUUCCUUUGAAGGAUCUACUAUACCAGAGCAUCCAGAAUUCAGUACCUUUAACCCUGAGUCUGUGCACGGACACCGGAAAGCUGUGGCAGUCUGCAGCGUAGCCCCCAACUUACCUCCCCCGCCUCCUUCCAACUCUCCUUCUGACAGUGACUCCAUACAGAAGCCUAACUGGGACUUUGACUAUGAUGCUAAAGUGGUGGAUCUCGAUCCUUGUCUUUCCAAGAAGGCCCUGGAGGAAAAGCCCUCCCAGCCGUACAGUGCCCGGGAGAGCCUGUCUGAGGUUCAGUCCCUCAGCUCCUUCCAGUCUGAGUCCUGCGAUGACAAUGAAUAUUUGGCUGCUCCUGACCUCAGCAAAUCAAGAGGGUACCACUGGGAUACAUCAGAUUGGAUGCCAAGUGUUCCUCUACCAGAUAUACAAGAGUUCCCCAAUUACGAAGUUACUGAUGAGCACACGCCCCUCUACUCAGCAGAUCCAAAUGCCAUUGACACUGACUAUUAUCCUGGGGGAUAUGACAUUGAAAGUGAUUUUCCUCCACCACCAGAAGACUUCCCUGCACCUGAUGAGCUGCCACCGUUGCCUGCAGAGCUCAGUGAGCAGUUCGAAUGCAUACACUCACCGAGAGAUAUGCCUACUGCAGGUAGCCUGGGGUCUUCAUCCAGAAGUCGGCAGAGGUUCAGCUUGAAUCAGUAUCUACCCAAUUUCUAUCCCGUCGAUAUGUCUGAACCUCAACACAAAGGCAUUGGUGAGAAUAGUUCUUGUAGAGACCCCUACACCCCCUACCCUCCAGGGUAUCAAAGAAACUUCGAAGCCCCUGCCAUAGAAAACAUGCCCAUGUCCGUGUACGCCUCCACAGCAUCCUGCUCCGAUGUAUCAGCGUGCUGUGAAGCGGAGUCUGAGAUCAUGAUGAGUGACUAUGAGAGUGGAGACGAUGGCCACUUUGAAGAGGUGGCAAUUCCUCCACUGGAUUCUCAACAACACACGGAAGUCUGAUGAUCAGACUCCCCGCCAAAGUGCCUGGACUUUAAGGGACCUAGAGAUGACACCCAUAAUCCUCCCCACACUGUGCUUGGUGAGCUCAGUGGGCACAGCUGCACUGAAGCUCACUCCUCUUGACGUGUUAGCCAUUCCCAGCAUCCCAACCCAUGUGCUGCUCCUCGUCGAGCUCUGUGGGCAUGGCUGCACUCUGAACCUCACUCCUCUUGACAUGUUAGCCAUUCCCAGUGUCCCAGCCCACUGUCACUGGAUGUUGUUUCCAUUGGCUGUGCCAUUUCUGAGCAUCUUUUCGUAUUUACGUGUGUCUGUGUUAAGGUAAUGAGACAAACAUUUGGCGUGCCAUCUUGUUAGCAUGACUCAUGUAUUUAUAUAGAUUUGAUUAUUUUAAUUUUUCUCUUUUUUGUAAAUUUUGUGUACAGAUUUGAUUUUUAUAGUUUAAAGUAGAUUUUCAGGAUAUGUUUGUGCAGUUGUUUUCUGCUGAAUCUUGGUGGUGCUAGUGUCAUCACUUAGCACCCUGAUUUUUUAAUAUAACCAGGGUUUCAUUCUCAGUCCCUUUCCACGGAAAUAUGACAUUUCAUCACCACAUUUCAGUCUUGUCAUUUAUUUCUAGUUGUAUAUAUAGAGUGAGGAAGAUAUGAUCAUGUACGUGUCUUAAAUGGGUUGCUGUAUUUUAGAUUAUAAACAUUUUUCAGUAUUGGAAAGUGUAAAGGAACCUUCUGCAUACCUGUGUAGAACCAGAACCAAAUUUACCGUGACACAGUUUUUAUAGUGUCUGUAUAUCUGUGAUGCAAUGGUCUUGUAAAGGUUUUUACUGAAAACUACCAUUAGCCAGCCUUUCUUACUGACAAUAAAUUAUUAAUAAAAUGCA